CUCUGGCAGCAGUCGUCCACUCGAUCACAUGGAUCAUGACGAGCACACUCGGCAAAUGGCUCUUGUUAGCUGUGCUUUGUUUCGUACCUCUCGACGGUGAAAUCUACCAAGACAGACCUAAAAUCAAGACUUCGGGAGGAGACCUCAUUUUGGAACCAGCUUUAGACAAAAAUAUAUAUCUACGACCAAAUGGACUGAAAUCAAACAUCUUCAUCGGCGACAUAAAUAUACUUAAAGCGAAGUUCUCAGACGAUGGAACGCAGUACCAGCCAACCACCAACGACAUCCCCUUCAAUAGUCUAAACAGUAUCCUGCAAAGACUAGACAAGUUGGAAAACAAGGACACUGCGCUACCAAGCGACCUGCUCUUCAACAUUACCUUAAUUUGGAGAAGAGUUAACAAUAUUCACAGGAAAGUGCUCAGUCUACAAUCACAAUUGGAAAGUCGGAACAGAGACGAAUGUGAAUCUCACCCGUGCGAGCACGGCGGAACUUGUCUCAACUUAGCGAAUGGCUACCAUUGCCUGUGCCCACCCAACUGGGAAGGCAGGGACUGUGAUGUUGACGUAAACGAAUGCAGGAACUUCGCAGGAACAGAUCUGGGAUGUCAAAAUGGAGCUACUUGCUACAACACGCCAGGGUCUUAUCAGUGUUUCUGCAAAUCUGGCUGGUUUGGUUUACAUUGUACCAGGAAGGCAAAAGACUGUUCCGGCGGUGAUUUUGAAAUGUGCGGCCAUGGAACCUGCAUUCCAGUAACUACAGGAGAGGGCGUUCAAUGUAUUUGCCACCAAGGAUGGACAACGAACAGCACCGGUAUUGCUUGCUUAACCGAUGUUAAUGAAUGUGAGUCUUAUCAAGGCCCCAGGUGUUCCGUGAACCCUAAAGUUGACUGUAUUAAUCUACCCGGCUCAUUCCGAUGUGGACAAUGUCCUGCCGGCUACGAAGGCGACGGCUAUAGUUGCUACGAUAUCGACGAAUGUACAACAAUACCGAAUGGAGGCUGCAGUCCUUUGGUAACAUGCCACAACACCAUUGGUUCUCGGAUAUGCAGCCCAUGUCCACCUGGCUAUCAAGGAGACGGAGUUACGUGUUCUUGGAGAGGUACGUGCAAUGUCAACCAUGGAGGGUGUCACCCGUCCGCGCAGUGUGUGGAAGGCGCUUCACCGACUGGUCAGUCGGCACAGUGUAUAUGCCCGGACGGCAUGGAAGGCGACGGUGUUGGGAUCAGCGGCUGCUACGUUGUUGCCGGUAGUAACUACACGGAUGGGUGUGCGCUCAAUCCUUGCGGCGUCCACGGUACGUGCCAUUCUGUUCGCACCGGCUACACUUGUAUCUGUUACAAGGGCUACGGUGGCGCACAUUGCGAGCUAGCUACUGACGCUUGUAGUGUCAACCCUUGUCAAAACGGAGGCAUCUGCAGAUCGGAUGAUAGUGCCAUUGGCGGCUUCCGAUGUGAGUGUGCAGCGCAAUUCUCUGGAACCUUGUGUCAGGUAAGAGCGAAGUCCUGCGGCGGAGUGCUAGAUAACGAAGAAGGCAGCAUUGUUUAUCCUUUGACUAACACUACGUAUAAUCAUAACUCUCAAUGUGCCUGGGUCAUACACACGGCGCCUGACAAAGUUAUCAAUGUAACGUUCAGUAAAUUUAAUUUAGAAGCAAGUCCCGAAUGUGUAUACGAUUUUCUUCAAAUUCAUGAUGGGCGUAAAUCUGCUAGUCAACUUAUCGGAAGAUUUUGCGGAAAUAAUUACCCUAAUGGUGGAAAUAUUGUUUCAAGUCAUAACAAUUUAUAUUUCUGGUUCCACUCAGACAAAACAGUUGCUAAAGACGGCUUUGCAUUACACUGGACUAGCAUAAAGCCCGUGUGUGGAGGGGAGGUGGAUGCCACAACACAUGGGCACAUCAGCUCGCCGGGCUCGCCCGGGCCUUACCCUCCCGAUCGUGAUUGUUAUUGGCAUUUAACAACCACUCUCGGUAAAAGAAUUAGCUUACAUUUCUUUGCCUUAGAUAUUGAAUCUCAUUCAAACUGCAGUUUUGACUACUUAGCAUUAUACGAUGGCGAACAUACGAGCGACCCGCUUAUUAAUAAAUACUGUAAUAGCACCCAGCCAGCACCCGUGCAAUCUGCAGGUUCCGAAAUGCUGAUACAUUUCCACUCGGACGCAUACGGAGCGGGACGUGGGUUCCAAAUAGUUUAUGCACCAGUAGAAGGCAUCCCUGGCUGUGGAGGCUACUACACAGCACCCAGGGGGGAACUUGUUUCGCCUUCUUACGACGGCCGCUAUUUGAGUAAUCUUCUGUGUGAGUUCAAAAUUAAGACUAGUGAAGACACAAAGAUCAAAAUAGAAUUCAAAUCUUUCAAACUGGAACGAUCUUUUAGAUGUAGUUACGAUUAUUUAAAAAUAUAUGACGGUCCUUCUGCUGAUUCUCGGCUUGUCGGAAAGUUUUGCGGAACAACGUAUCCGAAGUCGUACGUAUCAUCAUCCAAUACGCUUUAUUUUAUAUUUAAGACCGAUAGGAGUUUGCCGUCAGACGGUUUUCGAAUUACAUAUGAGGCCAUUUGCGAGAAAACUAUCGAAGGCGACAGUGGCGUUAUAAAAUCUCCCGGUUAUCCAUUUAGCUACCCAAAUAACAAAGUAUGUGUUUAUAUUAUCAGAACAGUUCCAGGCAAAGCAAUUCAAUUGACAUUCCAAGAUUUUGACAUUGAAGAUAAUAGGUAUAACGGUUGCCGAUACGAUAACGUUGAGGUGCGAGACGGUCUCGAUCAGAAUGCUACGCUACUGGGCAGGUACUGCGGCGGCGCCGCACACACGCCGCCUACACAAACGUCAACUUUAAAUUACAUGUACAUCAGAUUCACAUCAGAUUUAAGCCUUUCUGGCACAGGGUUUUAUGCUAAUUACACUACCAUAGAUACAGAAUGCGGAGGUGUACAUCGAGAGACAACAGGAUUAAUAAAUCAUCCCUCCGCGGAUAGUUCCGACACAGCUUACAAAAAUUACCAAACCUGUCGGUGGUUACUGUUGGCUCCAGAAGGGAUGCACAUAAAGCUAUCGUGGAACAGAUUUGAUUUGGAAGAUAUGCCGAGCUGCGCCAGCGACUACCUGGAGCUGUUGGAGAUAGACGAUAAUAAUGAGAGAGAUGUAUUGGGCAAAUUCUGUGGCUCCAAGUCGCCACCCGCUUUGACAACAUCAACUAAUCGAUUGGAGUUAAAGUUCGUAUCUGAUGGUAGUAUCCGUUAUGCUGGAUUUUCAGUAUCUUACACAUUUUUAGAUGAAAAGUCACACUGUGGCGGAGCUUAUAUUAAAUCUCACGGCUUCAUCUACUCUCCAGGUUGGCCCAAACAGUAUGAACCCAAUCGCGAUUGCACAUGGACUAUCACUGUGCCGGCUGGCCAACAAAUCGUGCUCAAUAUUUCUCAAUUCAACCUAGAACGUCCUAUAAGAGACAGGUGUAACCUUGGGGAUUACUUAGAAAUAAGAAAUGGAGCUAACGAAAAUUCACCAUUAAUUGGACAAUAUUGUGGAGUAUUCCAAUCAAGACGAAUCGUCUCAUUAUCUAACGCUCUACAUUUGCAUUUUCAUUCUGACUAUUAUUUAACCGGUAGUGGGUUUAAAAUCGAGUGGGACGGUACGGUAACAGGAUGCGGAGGAACCUUAACUAGUCCUUCGGGCACCGUGACGUCACCGAAUUAUCCAAACGAAUACACCGAAAACGCUGAAUGUUUUUACAGGAUAGUUACAAGCGAAGGAUCAAGGGUCCAUAUUGCAUUCAGUGAACUCGAUCUAGAAAGAACUCCUGGUUGUAGAGACGACUACAUCGAAAUAUUCGACGGCCGUGAUACGAGUGCCAACGUCUUGGGAAAAUAUUGCUACAUGACCCCGGAGCUGAGUAAUAUCCAAACAUCUUCGAACUAUGCAUACAUAAAGUUCAGAUCUGAUGUAUUCCAAGGCGGUAAAGGUUUUCUGUUUAAUUACAAUACUGUUUGUAACAAUAACGUUACCGGUAGAUACGGGGUUAUUGAAAGUCCAGGCUACCCCGGUAAUUGUCCGCUAAAUACGAAUUGCUUAUGGACAAUCAACGUUCCAAAGGGCAACACUAUUAACGUUACAUUUACAUUUUUCGAUAUCCCAAGGUCUUAUAGAUUUUAUCGUCCUUGGAUGAGAGUUCGUAAUCAAGAAGAAUGUCAUAUGGACUAUUUGCAAAUAAAAGAUAUUGCUGAUCCAAAUUAUUCAAGUAAAUACUGUGGCAGGACAUCUCCUCCUGCCAUAAGUACAAAGGGUAACUCUUUGCAAAUAAAAUUUGUGACAGGCAUUAAUACGAUUCACACUGGGUUCCGCUUGGAAUGGAUCAGUUCAGGAUGUGGAGGGCACAUUAAAAAGGACUUUGGCAUUAUAGAACUUGAUAAAAGCGUAACUAACGACAAGGAACUUGAGUGCGAGUGGCUUAUAGAAGGUCAAAUGGGUAAGAGUAUCACAAUCACAUUUUCUGAGAUUUAUAUGAGUGAUACUGCUAACUGCACCGUGGAUUCUAUUGAAGUAUAUAAUGGACAAAAUACAAAUACUCCAGUUCUCACAAAAAUCUGCCACCGCGACAUGGUCUCAGUAACUUCCGAUAGUAAUUUCAUGUUGGUUCGUCUCUCGAAACGGUCUACACUCAGAGAUGUGCAUUUCACUUCACAAUUUAGAUCUGUGAAUUCAAAAUGUGGAGGUAUUAUAAAUGCUAAAUCCGGAAACAUAGUCUCUAAAAACUAUCCAAAGAAUUACGAUAACAAUUUGGAUUGCUUGUGGUAUAUCACUGUUCCGAAUGGUCAUAGAAUUGAAUUUAACAUUGUAGACCUCGAUCUUUAUUCAUUAAGGGAAUUCGGUAAUAACCAAGUGCUAUGUGGAGACUCGAUUCUUAUAUAUGAUUAUGAUAAUUAUUUACCUUCUCUAAAUUAUACAUACCAAAUAUGUCCAAAAUCAAAUCAAACAUUACAAAUUAUUAGUACAUACAGUAAUCUUUUUGUUCAAUUUAAAACCAAUGGAUACGGAACGGCUAAAGGAUUUAAAGCUAAUUUUACUAUGACUUGCGGUGCGUUAAUUAAAACUAAACGUGAUGGAAUUAUACAAAGCGAUAACUUCAUUCGUCACGCAAAUAAAAGUUGUAUUUGGACUAUUAUGGCUGAUUCACCGGACCAAAAAAUAUCGUUGACAAUAACACUACUGUCAAUACCAAAAGACAAUAAUGUGAUAACAAAUAGAACAUGCCCUUCCACCUACCUCCGUGUUCUUGAUGGUGAUGACAAAUAUGCUCCGCUUAUCGGUGAAUAUUGUGGCCGCAAAGUACCACCUAUGAUUGUCAGUCACGGUAGUGCCGUCACAGUGGAAUUUGGAAGCCAUACUGGAGCCAUUACUGGCAUGUUUUCAGCCCACUAUUCAGCUCUUAGUAACGCAUGUGGCGGUACAUUAACAUCGGAAGAAGGUACCAUUGCAUCUCCUAACUAUCCCGGACCAUAUCCUAUAAACUCCGAUUGUGAAUGGAUACUAAAAGCGUCUCCAGGCAACACUGCCUAUGUCCAGUUUGAGCAAUUCGAUUUAGAAUAUUCGGAGGGUUGCAAUGACGAUUACGUUGAACUUCGUGAAAGCAAUGGAGCAGGUCGUCUCCUGGGUGUAUACUGUAGCAGUGAGACACCUACGAAUCAUAGUACGGCUUCACAAAUAUACAUUAAAUUCCACAGUAACUCAAAAACGAGUGGUAGAGGCUUUGUUUUGCAUUAUGGUUUUCAACGUGAAAAUGAUAUUACAGGACAUCACGGUGAAAUAGCUUCUCCGUUAUAUCCCACUUCAUACUUAGGUACAGGCGAAUAUACCUGGCGCAUUCUUACUACAGAUUCAGAUACAAUAUCGAUAACCAUUGACGAUUUGGAAAUUUAUACACAUACCCAAGUAAACUACAACAAAUUAACAAUUUAUGAUGGAUACGAUUCAACUGCGCCAAUAUUGCAAGAACUGAAUGGGGUCCUUGCUGAACGAAAAGUUAUUCAAAGUUCCUCCAGUGUAGUGUUGAUUACACUGACCACAGAUGAAUCAAAUGCGGGUUCCAAAUUUCAUUUAAGCUGGACUAAGACUGUCGAAAACUACGAUGUGGAAACAGGAAAUUCAGUAAACUGCGGUUCCAAUACUACUGAACUAGUUGUACCUGGGCACACUGCGAGUUUAUCAUCACCAAAUUAUCCAUCUGACUAUUCAGACAAUCUAAACUGUGAGUGGGUUUUCAAAUCAGAAAUGGGAAGACAUUUGGCUAUUAAGUUUGUCGAUUUUGAUAUCGAAGAUACCCACGCUUGUUUUGCAGAUUCAGUUUCUGUUUAUUCAUCUGAUACUCCUGGUAAUUGGCAGGUUGUCAAUGAUAAUAUAUGUAACUCAGAAAUAGCACGUUCUGGAUUUAAUACAAGCAUCUACAUGAAAAUUAAAUUUAAAACUGACUCGUCUAUCACUAGAAAAGGAUUCCUAGCUCGAGUCAACUCUAAAUGUGGUGGACUCAUGACUGCUUUGUCUGGACACAUCAAACCGACCUGGCUGGAUGUACAACCUCAAUAUCGGUACAUGAUUCCAACACAGUGUAUUUGGAGGGUUAAAGUGCGACCUGGCAGAACUAUUAAAUUACUGUUCACUCAAUUUAAUAUUACAAAUAAAAAUGACGAUUGUGAUACUUAUGUCAUUUUACGCAAUGGUGAUUCUGCAGAAGCACCCUUUUUGGCCAGUGGCAAAUAUUGUGGUUAUGAACACGAAAAUCGAGCGGACAUAGUUACUUCUAGUAAUUCUUUAUAUAUUAGUUACACGAAGGGAUCGUUCACAUUUCAAAGUUUCACAAUUUAUUAUGAAGAGCAAAACUUUGAAUGUGGCUCAACAACAACAUUAACUUCUGAUCACAGAUGGGAAGUAAUAAGUUCACCAAACUAUCCAGACGUGCCAAUUCCCUAUUCGGAAUGUGAGUGGGUGUUUACCGCGCCACCAGGAGAAAUUCUUAGAAUAGAUUUUAUUAACCGGUUUGACUUAGCCGAAGACGAAGAUUGUGAAAAAGAAUCUGUGGAAAUACGACUGGGAUCUUCGAAAUAUUCACCACUAAAUGGUAAAUAUUGCAGUGAUAAACCAGGUACAAUUAAAAGUACUGGUCACACAAUAUACGUAAAAUACACCACCUCACUGGCUGAACCUCGGAAUGGGUUUAAAGCUAAUGUGUCUAUCGAUAUAUGUGGUGGAACUAUAGUUAGUGAUGCUGGAGAGAUAAAAUCUCCAGGAUAUCCACACUUGCAGAUGUUCCCUUAUGGAACUGUCUGCGAGUGGCGAGUUAUAGGACGUCCAAGGCAUGUGUUCCAAAUUAAACCAGAAGAUGUGCAGCUACCUGAUACGGAAUUAAACUGUGGUACCAAAAUUACAAUUGAAGAAUCUGUGCCGGCCAACAAUACUAUUACUGUUAUAAAAACAAUAUGCAACGACGACAUUACGUCUUAUGAUGAAUCGGUACAAACUUCAAGAAAUGAAUUCACGAUUAAACUUCAUAUAGGCAAACCAGACACAUGGGAACAAACUUCAAACAACAGAGGUUUUCGUAUUAGUUUUAACUCUUCCGUGCCAAUGUGUGGUGGUUCGAUUACGGCUUCCGAAGGUUACCUGACAUCACCUAGUUAUCCACAAGAAACCACAAUACGAUACUGUCAAUGGUUAAUAAAUGUUCCCGACAAAUCUAGGAAAAUUCGUUUGGAGUUACUAGAUAUGGACAUGGAGAAACACAGAAUAGGCAUUUUCAAUGACAUUGCCUUCCAUACUGUUAUCCAAACUAUCCCUAGUGACGAUUAUGUUCCUGGAACAACUGUUUUUGAGUCAUCUGGAAAUAAAUUGGCUCUAUAUGUAUGGCUUAAUCGAACUGCUGUAACACACCGAUUUAAAGCCAGGUUUAGUUCUGAUGAAAAAGCAUUAUGUGGUGGAGAUCUUUCUGGAAUGAACCAAAUUCUUGACUCACCAGAUCUAAAUCAAUCUUAUUCGUGUGAGUGGCAUUAUAAUGGUCAGGUAAAUACAAACGAUUUAACUACAACAAAUACUUCUUAUAACUCAAUAUUUUUGACUGCCAAUCUCAGCUCAUCGGUAACCAGAACAGGGGCUCGUUGUCGAUUCUUUGAUCCUCAAAUCAUAAUCAAAACAGGGAAUAGAAAUAGAUUUACACGAUAUAUAUGUGGCAACUCGCAAACCUCAUUCAUUAUACCCUCACCUGUCAUGGAUGUCACUGCAAUCAAAAGUAAAUCGAGUUCUUUUAGCUUCCAUAUGGAAUGGAAACCUCAACCAUGUGGCGGUACUAUUACAGUGGGAGAGGACCCUGUUAACAUUUUACAAAUACCUGCUUCUUAUAAUAAUAGCAUUAAUUGCGCUUGGAUCAUUGAGGGGUCUACGAAUAGAGUGGAAAUUAAAACGGAAGGGUCUUUUAAAUUGGAUUGCGAUGAUGAAUCUGUUAAAAUAAGACCAAGCUUAAUUCAAAACGCACCUACAAUUGGAGAUUAUUGUAAAUCAAGACCUUUAGAUACUCCACUAAUCACUCAUUUUAGUAACGUAUACAUACAAUAUCACUCGAAAGCAAAAGACAGCACAAGUUUGAGGCUCGUGGUUAGGUCUGUGACCAAACCUAACCUAACCUCCUAA